UAGGUCAGGUUUCAAGUGAAUGCAGUCUCCUUCAGCUCGUCCUCCAACUGGUCAAGCCUGCCUCGCCCGUGCGGUUCGAGGAACCUCUGUCCAAAAGUCACUUUAUCUCACCUCUCGACACCCCUCCCAACGAAAACAAUGGCCGUGCCUCCCUCAUAUGUUGAUUUGGGCAAGUCUGCCAAGGACAUCUUCAACAAGGGCUAUGGAUUCGGCCUGGUGAAGCUCGACGUCAAGACAAAGUCAGCCAGUGGAGUGGAAUUCAAAACAUCUGGAUCCUCCAACACUGACACCAGCAAAGUCGUUGGCAGCCUUGAAACCAAGUACAAGAGGGCAGAGUAUGGCUUGACCUUUACUGAGAAGUGGAACACCGACAACACCCUAGGAACCGAAAUUAUCAUUGAAGAUCAGAUCGCCAAGGGACUGAAGUUGACUUUCGACACCACCUUCUCGCCAAACACUGGCAAGAAGAGCGGCAAGGUCAAGACCGCCUACAAGCGCGAAUACGUCAACUUGGGCUGCGACGUGGACUUCGACUUUGCCGGCCCCACCAUCCACGGUGCGGCCGUCGUCGGCUACGAGGGUUGGCUCGCAGGCUACCAGAUGACCUUCGACACCGCCAAGUCCAAGAUGACCCAGAACAACUUUGCCAUUGGCUACAAGACCGGAGACUUCCAGCUGCACACAAAUGUCAAUGACGGUGCAGAGUUUGGCGGCUCCAUCUACCAGAAGGUGAGCGACAAGCUUGAGACUGCUGUCAACCUGGCGUGGACCGCAGGCAGCAACAGCACACGCUUUGGCAUCGCCGCCAAAUACCAGCUGGACAAGGAUGCCUCCGUCAGCGCUAAAGUGAACAACAACAGCCUUGUUGGUGUUGGCUACACCCAGACCCUCAGACCAGGUGUGAAGCUCACCCUGGCCGGCCUGGUUGACGGCAAGAACAUCAACGCCGGAGGCCACAAGCUGGGUCUGGGCUUGGAACUGGAGGCCUAAGCUUCUUCUCCCACACCCAGGAACUCCGGAAUAUCAGAAGAAAUUUGGCCUUACGCAUUUCCCAACCAGCAAAAGUGGGGACAAGAGAUCGGGUUCACAAAGGCUACAACAAAAACUCUUCACUUGAGUGAGCACCACCGUCAUGCUGGUGCUUUUUUGUUGCUUUCUAGUUGUGAGAGUCAGGUGGCAUAUUAUUUAUAUAACUGAAACGUCAUGGUUCCUGUCCAGCACUGCCAUAAAUCCAAUACAAUCCCAAUCGUGCGUAACUGUGCCCGUGUGGCUUUGUCAUCUUACCAGACACUCCGUAUUUGUACGAUGAGUGCUGUCAUCCCCGCUGUGAUUUCUUGUUAAAACACCACCGUCUGAUAUUCCUCAGUUUUAAAGUACACUAGGCUUUCUUCCGUUGCUAUUUAAAUAAAGGUGCAAAGCCUCCUCCCCGCGCACACAACGUCCCGACGGUCAUCAGAAACCAGUCCACUGACCACACCAACAAAAACGCACUUGGGGAGGCUCUGAGUGCUUGAAAGCGAUGCCAAACUUCUGAAAUCAAAUGUUAAAGAGGAGUUAACUGUAAGUCUCCUCCCACUACAAGGAGGACCAUGAAGGUUCUUUUGUCUAUGUUACCUUUUCAAUAAAGUCUCCAUCCUACAACUG